AUGCCACGGCACAGUGCCACUUUUAUACUAGUAAAGGACGCUGCUGGAUUCGAGAUCGUUGAUGACUACUAUCUUGUUAUCUACCCAAACACUAAUGUUCGUGUGCCAAUCGGCAAAAAUCUUAGUCCUGAACUUCAGGCAAUAUGUGCUAAGGUGAUCGAAAUGCCGUCGGCUGAGCGCUUGGAAAUGUUGCAGAAUGCAACGAAUGCUUGGGAUGGCGAGAUGAAACAAGAGACAAAACACGCCAAUAUGAAGCCGAUAGAAAAUGGGAAGAUUGUUCCGUACAGUGGCUGGGCUUGUGAAGAAGCCGGAUGUGGCUUGACGGAGAAUCUUUGGCUCAAUUUGAUAGACGGAGCGAUCAGAUGUGGUCGGAGCCAAUUCAUCUCGGAAGGCCAAAAGAGCAAAGGCAACAAUCACAUGAAGCAAUAUUACGAUGCGACUGGAUUUCCUCUUGUGGUAAAAUUGGGGACGAUUGAGAAUGAAACUGCUGAUGUCUACUCCUACGAUGAGGAUGAUGCGGUCAUCGAUCCAAAUUUGAGGUCACAUCUUGCGCAUUUUGGUCUCGACGUGGAUCGUCUUCAUAAAACGGAGAAGAGUACGCUUGAGUUGGAACUCGAUAUGAAUCAAAAGUGUGUAACCACAAAAGCAGCUAAAGCA